AAGACCAGGGUAGGAUCAAGCUCUUCCUUAUUUCGAAAUAUCCUGCUGGAAGGAAGUCAUGCCUAAAAAUGGCUGUAAUACAGUGGGUUAAGUUAUGUAGGCCUAAAGUAAAAGCGCAAGUUCAAGUACAUGGAAUUUCGCAGUUUAAACAACCUCAGAGAAACUACUUUGCUUCAGUAGUAAGACUUUGCGAAAAGAAGGAAUUGCAGAAGAAGUAUAAAAGCACAGUAUUAUUGCCAGUAACAACAUUUCCAUUGCAUAUCGAAGGUAACAGAAGAGUGGAAAAUGAACGAUAUGUUCAAAAGGCUGCUGAGUUUUCAUCCUGUAUGCUUGGCAGCGUCAGCAGUCACGUGACUUGGAGUAUGUGUUACAUGGAUGGACCUCCAUAUGCAAAUGGGCAACCACAUAUUGGUCAUGCAGUUAACAAGAUAUUGAAAGAUAUUACGUUAAGGCACAAGCUUCUUAGAGGCUACAAAAUCCAUUAUGUUCCUGGAUGGGACUGCCAUGGCCUCCCUAUUGAGUUGAAAGCAACUGAAAAAGAAAAGAAAACCAAAGGAAAGAAAAAUCUGCCUGCCAAAGAUCCACUUGCACUAAGGCAACUGGUGAGUUUACAGUACAGUAUAUUGUAUAUUUAAAAAAUAUAUUACCUA